UAUAUUUUAUCAUUAUGAUCAAUCACUGUGUUAUCGGUCGUGGAACAAUAGCAAAAACACCGGCAAUGGAUUCUACUAUAUAAUUUAUGUGUGCCAGUCGUUGUCGCGGUCUUGUCAAAAAAUGUUGCCGUUAUACCGUUUAUUAUACGCUUUAUUAGUACAGUGUUGGUUUUCCUAACAUAUAGUGUUUAUAAUAAUAAUAUUGUGUAGGGCGGUUAAUUCGUUAGCUUUGUGUAUUUCACACCUGACACCACAACAGCGGAUCAAGUGGGGUAGUCCCCGUAUACACUACUAUACUGUGUUUAGAGAGUGAUAAUUAGUCCUCUGUUUCUAUCAGCAGCCUAUACAAAAAGGAUUUGGAUUUAUUUCCGGUAUAAACGGCAACUGUUCAGAUAAUCAGAUUUGGCCGCCAGUGAAAUAACAAAAAAAAAGUUUCCUAUAAGUAGGACACAGUGUUUCACAGCGAGAUUGAAACGCGGUCGAUAAAAAAAAAUAUUCUCUAGAAGACAUACUAUAUCGGUUGAAAUCUUCACCAGAUAGGUGAGUAACUAUAUUAUAUGUAUACAUAUAUGUGUCGAACAGUAAAGGCUAACGGACGGGGACCGGACGUAUCGACCCGUAAAAGACGAAUUGAGUUUUGAAAACUCAAAACGGGGCAAUCCCCAAGCCGGUCGUUCAUUACGGGUCCCGGGCAGGACGUGUCAAAAGUCCAUCUGCACGCGUGCUGUACCUACCUACGUUGUAUAGGGAAGGAGGUGAAGGCGAAGAACCGCCCGCGGGUUACCAAGAGGACGACGGCGGUUGUCCGGAAGACGACGAGGACGAGGAAGAAGAAGAAGAAGAAGGCGUAUCCGGCGGCUCUUCCGGUUCGCCGCCCAGAUCUCCAAUCCCGUCCAGCACGGACGCGGACCAAGACGCGGCCAACUUACCCUUAAGAGAAACGAACAGUCCAUCAAAAAUGAGCAGGGGAUCUCCCAGGAGCGAAUCGAGUCUGCCGCCGUACGAAGUGCCCCUGUUGGCCACUGUAUCGCCGGGCCGUUCGCCACCCGGUUUCGCCGCCGCCGACGCGCUGGAUUUCAGCACCAAGAGGCCCGCCAGUCCGGUGUCUCCGCCGUCGUCGGCCAUGAACCUCAGUGGCGACGCUGGCGGUAACGACGACACGCCCAUCGACCUGACCACCAGAAAUAAAAAAAUGCGUCUCGACUCGUCGACGUCCAACAACGACAUUUACGCCAGGAUGAGCCGUCCAUGGGCGCAGUACACGACGCCGGUCGCGCGGCCCAUGUCCAGGGCCGACAUGAUGACGCCGCCCAACGAAUCUCCGGCCGUGCACAUGUGGAACGGCGGCAAACACGGCACCAAACUGUCUUACGGCGGCGCGUUCCCGUCGGCGGCCACCAGCGACGCGACCAAGGCGCUGGAGAAGAUGUGCGAGCUGAGCAAGCUCCAGGACGAGCCCGCGCGGACCGUGUUGGCGCCCAGCUCGGGUCGGCACAGCGCGUGGCAGUCGCACUGGCUCAACAAGGGCGCGGACCAGACCAAAGACGUGCUUAAGUGCGUGUGGUGUAAGAUGAGCUUUCCCACGUUGCAAGCCAUGUCGGCGCACAUGGCCGAGACAAAACACGGGACCGCCGCCGCCGCUGCGUCGCAAGGCCUGCAACCGCCACCCCCGCCGCCGCCGGUGCCCGUGUCCUCGUCUUCGUCGUCCUCGCACAAAAACGAUCUCAACAUGCUGAUGAAGGAGACCAUGCCGUUGCCGAGGAAACUCGUCCGCGGCCAAGACGUUUGGCUGGGCAAGGGCGCCGAACAAACCAGACAGAUACUCAAGUGCAUGUGGUGCGGCCAGAGUUUUAGGUCGUUGCAAGAAAUGACCACACACAUGCAACAGACUCAACAUUAUACGAACAUCAUCUCGCAGGAGCAGAUCAUAUCGUGGAAGUCUGCCGAUGAGAACAAGUCGUCUUCGGGCGGCGGGAACACUUCGGCCGCGGCGGCCGCCGCCAGUUCGUCGCUGACCGGUUCGGCCGGUUCGUCGGCCAAUCACGUGAGCGCCGUGUUGACCUGUAAAGUGUGCGACCAGGCGUUCAAUUCGCUCAAGGAGCUCAGCGUGCACAUGGUGAAGAACUCGCAUUACAAAGAGCACAUGAUGCGGUCGAUCACGGAGGGCAGCAACAGGCGCCGGCAGACCCGGGAGAAACGCAAGAAGUCGUUGCCGGUGCGCAAACUAUUGGAACUCGAACGGGCCCAACACGAAGUCAAGAACGGAGACGGCGGCGGCGGUUAUGCGACCACCGGCGGAUUCAAAUCGGCGGCCACCGACAGCAAUCACAGGUUGGGCCGUAUCAUAUGCGAGAAGUGCGGCGAAAAGGUGGACGUGGCCGGGUUCAUGGAACACUUGCGGGUGUGCGUCACUAUGACGCCGGACCAAAAAAAUCUACUCAAGACGGCGUUGAUGUCGCAAAACGCCGCGCUGUCCCCGGAACUGUUGUCCAGGGGCGGCGGCGAAAAGAGACCAAAGAAAGAGGACAGAUCUCAUGGGUCCGGUCCGAUAGCCGACUUGUCCACCAAAUCGGGCGGCGGCACGUCUUCGCCGUCCGUUCUGAACGCCAUCGAGAAACUCAUCGAGAAGAGCUUCGACUCGCGACUGCGUUACGGCACGUCGGCCUCCGGCACGUCCAUUGGCGAAAGCAUACUGAAACGAUUGGGCAUCGACGAGAGCGUGGACGCCACCAAACCGAUAAUGGACGCGCAAGCCAUGAACCUGUUGAGAAGCUACCAGUCGAUGGGCGGCGGCCGUCACGAACGCAGCGGCAGCGAGUCCAGUUCCAUGUCGCCCGAGUUGGCUGCCAUGCGCAGCGAUUCGACCACGCCGGACAGGAAAUCAUCGUACGACCCGUCGUCCGACUACCAGCGCAUGCGAUCCGUCACGCCCAAAUCGGCGGCCGACCGGCACUCGCCGUCCGCCAAGUCGACGGCGGCCAAGAGCGACACGGCCGCCGACGUGAAGAGCGAGGCUGCCGACGACGAGUUCGAGGUGAAAAAAGAGUACGUGGACGACGACGACGACGUCGUCAAGAGCCCGUCGGACGCCAGAGUCAGCCGGGAGUCGGCCGAAGCGGCAGGCGAAGAUGUGAAUGGCGGAGGAUCGAGUAGGGGGCCUACCCCCACCGGAAUCAAAAGUCCGGCCAGCCCCGCUGGCAGCGACAAGUCGGACAGGCCCAAACAAUCGGGAAGCUCGUCCAGCCUGGGCGCGCUAUCGUCGAUGUUCGAAAGCUUGACUAACGGCCCUUCGGCGGCAGCCAACGGCGGUGGUUCCGGCGAGGGCGGCGGUGGCGGCAAAACCAGCAGUCAUCCGUUGGCCGCGCUCCAGAAACUGUGCGACAAGACGGAAAAUCACCAUCAACACCAUCACCGGCCCAGCAGCCGAUCGUCUUCCAACGCUUCGGCCACUAACGGUGGCGGACCAGGGCAGUCGAUGUCACCACCGGCGUCUGGCGCCGGCGGAACUGCACCCGGGGCCAUCCUCGCGUUUAGCUGGGCGUGCAACGACGCCGUCAUGACCGCCGACUCGAUAAUGAAGUGCGCGUUCUGCGACACUCCGUUUAUCUCAAAAGGCGCGUACAGGCACCAUUUGUCCAAAGUACACUUCGUCAAAGAAGGCAUCACGCCCGAACCGAUCAUGUUGAAACAACCGCACGCCGGUAACGGUUCGUCGUCCGGUGGACAACAACAGUCCGGUGGCGGCGGGUCGUCAUCGUCGGCGCCGUCGCCGUCGUCGUCCGCGCACAAAUCGCCCAACCACCAUCACCACCACAACAACAACAACCAUCACAACAACAACAACAACAUCAACAACAACGGUUCGCCGGCGUCGUCGUCCGGACUGGCAUCGUCCGGCGCCAAAAGCCCGGACAAGGCGGCCCUCAACAACAGUUACGACGAGAGUCCUCAUUCCAAAUUCCUCAAAUACACCGAACUGGCCAAACAGCUGUCGAGUAAAUACGUCUAGUCAUCGUUUCUCAAUAAUAUUAUAUUAUAUUAUUAUUAUUAUUAUUAUUUUAAUUAAUUAUUAUUAUAUUUACUAAUUAUAUAUCCCCCCAACCUAAUUUUUGUCGUACCUUAUCUAUAUCUAUAUCUCACACAAUUGCCGCCCAGCUUUAACCGAACCGGACACAAAGGUUUCUUUAACUUCGGACCCUCAGACAAGAAUAUAUAUAUAUACUAUUAUUUAAAGAAAUACAAUUUUAUUAUAAGAUCCGAUGGAGCCCGGAGUGACUUUUAAACAAAAAUUUAAAAAACAUUUAUCGUCUAAAACUAUAGAGUAUACAUAUAUAUAUAUAUAUCUAUAUACACAAUAUAUAAUAUGUUAAAUGAACCUACACAUUAUACGAAGAGGAAACCGCGCGAAUUUUCGGUUAAUAUUCUACAAUCACACAUACGCAUGUAUACGCAAUUAGUGUUACGAAAUUAAUCGUUCAAUUAUAUUUAAAUAAUUUAAAUAACCAAUAAUAAUAAUAACGACAAACGUAUACAAAUUGUUCAAUACAACAUAAUAUAAUUAAUGCGCUAGUGAUGAAAAAUACAAUAUGAUUAUUAUAAACAUUUUUUAAAAUAAUAUGUACGAUUGUUUUUUUUUUACACAAAAUUUUUUAUUAUUGUUGUUGUUCGUACAUUAAUUUCUGCUCAUCUAUAAAAAUAAUAUUCGAGAUAUUAUAAUAUUAUCUAUAUAUAUACAUUUACAUAAA